UGCGCCAUUGCUACAACACUUCAUAGCAAAAAAUCCGUAUUUGUCACUGAUGCCGUCAUUUCUUUAACGUUUAUCAGAAACUCACGACUGACCACAGUAGGAUUGUUUGGAUUUUAAAACCACCCGCUUCGCCUUGAAGCGAUCUCUAAACAUCCGAAAUGUCAGCCAGCGCAGUUUAUGUGUUAGAUCUGAAAGGCAAGGUCCUAAUUUGCCGUAACUACCGCGGCGAUGUGGACAUGUCUGAGAUCGAACACUUCAUGACUCUACUGAUGGAUAAGGAAGAGGAAGGCACUCUGUCUCCCAUCCUGGCACAUGGAGGUGUUCGCUUCAUGUGGAUCAAACACAACAAUCUGUACCUUGUUGCCACGUCUAAGAAAAAUGCCUGCGUCUCUUUGGUUUUCUCGUUCCUGUAUAAAAUCGUGCAGGUUUUCUCCGAGUAUUUUAAGGAGCUGGAGGAGGAGAGCAUCCGAGAUAACUUUGUCAUCAUUUACGAGCUGCUGGACGAGCUCAUGGAUUUCGGCUAUCCCCAGACGACAGACAGCAAAAUCCUGCAGGAAUACAUCACCCAAGAGGGGCACAAGUUAGACACGGGAGCUCCUCGUCCACCCGCCACCGUCACCAACGCUGUGUCCUGGAGGUCAGAGGGCAUCAAGUACAGGAAGAACGAGGUUUUCCUGGACGUCAUCGAGUCCGUCAACCUUCUGGUCAGCGCUAACGGAAACGUCCUCCGCAGCGAGAUCGUGGGCUCCAUUAAAAUGCGAGUGUUUCUUUCAGGCAUGCCCGAGCUGCGUCUGGGUCUCAACGACAAGGUCCUGUUCGAAAACACUGGACGAGGGAAGAGUAAGUCUGUAGAGUUGGAGGACGUGAAGUUUCACCAGUGUGUACGGCUCUCACGCUUUGAGAACGACCGCACCAUCUCCUUUAUCCCUCCAGACGGCGAGUUUGAGCUCAUGUCCUACCGCCUUAACACACACGUGAAGCCUCUGAUCUGGAUCGAGUCUGUGAUUGAGAAACAUUCCCACAGCAGAAUCGAGUACAUGAUAAAGGCCAAAUCGCAAUUUAAACGCCGCUCUACAGCCAAUAACGUGGAGAUCCAUAUCCCAGUGCCCACGGACGCAGACUCGCCCAAGUUUAAGACUACAGUGGGGAGUGUGAAGUGGGUCCCUGAGAACAGCGAGAUCGUCUGGUCCAUUAAAUCUUUUCCUGGAGGUAAGGAAUAUCUGAUGAGGGCACACUUUGGCCUGCCCAGUGUGGAAGCUGAGGAUAAAGAAGGAAAGCCACCGAUUAGCGUUAAGUUCGAGAUCCCCUACUUCACUACCUCUGGAAUUCAGGUGCGUUACCUGAAGAUCAUCGAGAAGAGUGGCUACCAGGCUCUCCCGUGGGUACGAUACAUCACCCAGAACGGAGACUAUCAGCUCCGGACUCAGUAGUAGAACUUCACUCGUCUCCUGCCGUGUGAGCCAUGUGGACUCGGAUCUCUCUUUGUGUCUGUAUCUCUCUCUCUCUCUCUCUCUCUCUCUCUCUCUCUCUCUCUCUCUCUCUCUCUCACACUCUCUCUCUUUUUCACUGUAUCUCUCUCACUCACUCUCUCUCUCUCUCUCUCUCUCUUUCUCUCACUGUUUCUCUCUCACUCUCUCUCUUUCUCUCUCUGUUUCUCUCUCUCACUCUCUCUCUCUCUCUCUCUCCAUUCUGUCUGCAAAGUUUGAGACGACUCAAACUGGUUUCCUGAUCGUCUCUACAAACACUGCUCAGCCAACACACCGAUUCAUUUGAAGCUCUUUCAAAUGACUCUUUUGAAUCAACCUUCCUGAUUCAUACACAAAUCAAUUAGCUAAUUUACAGAUUUACGUAUAAAGUGGCGAGCUGACCCGAGGCGUCUCUCAGCCACACGGGUCUCUCAGGCCUGCUAUGACGCAGGUCGUGUUUGUUAGGUUUUUUUUUGUUUGUUUGUUUGUUUGUUUUUUUGCGGACCAUCAGUGUCUCUUUCUGUAUGUUUGUGUCCAGACAUGUUCUUUCUGUUCACGGUCGAUGGCAGGAGAGCCGUUUUACUUGUAACCAGCUUCAAACAAUCCUCAGUAGUAUUUCAGUGUAAUAUUAGGUUGUGUGUGUUUACGGGAGUGUUUACAGUGCACAUGUAGUUUGGACUAUUUACUAAUAGAGGUGGAUAAAUCAUGCUAUUUAUUAGCUAGAUCAUCAGGCAAGGAAAAGGCAAGUAUGUUUCAGGGCUCUGUAAGGACCAGUGAUGUAGAAUAGGAUGUAUAGAAGUGUGUAUAUUUGUGACACACGAGUGCAGAUCUUGUAGAAUAUCAUCAUGUUAUCCAGCCUUUAAAUGUUCCUGGAAAUCCGCUUGUCCUUCCUGCCUGGCUAGCGAUUUGUCCACCUCCGAUUAAACACAUGUCAGAAAUGUUUUGUGUUACUGAUGCUUAACAUUUAAACACAGAGUCAUGUUAAAGUCUGCUCCGGUUUCAACAGUUACAUCAGUCAUCAAACUCACAGGUCAAUCAAUUCCUCUGCUAUUCUCUCGACCUUCUCUGACUGUGUACACUGUACUGUGUUUAUUAGUUGUUUUGUUUGUUUUUCAGUAUUAGCAGUAGAGCUCAAGAUGUUGGUCUCUAAACGAUAUCACGGUCAUGUUUACCACAAAACGUAUAUGAAUGAUGAUGAUGAAGAUGAUACCAUUGUUCACCAAAACGGUGCUCGCUGCCAUUUGCAACAUUUCCAAUUCCUUUUACUAACAUUGUGCCAUUUUAGGAUGUGUGAUUAAUAGAAACCCCUCGACACUCUGUUUGAGCUAAGCAGCAUAUGAUGUGUGUAUAUGUGUUUCUCUGUUGUGCUGCUUAUAUAUCUGACCCGAUCGGAAAUUUAAAAAAAAAACUAUUGUAAUCGCUCUCAAGACGAUGCAUGCCCUGUACGGUCGGAGGCGGGGCGAGGCACAUGCACGCGUUCUCCUGAACGUUACACGAAUCCCUUCUCAGAAAAUAAAACAAAAAGGAAGUUCCUCUUUUCUCAA